AUGAAUUAUCGCACCGUGUUGCUGUGGUACGCGAAGGACUUCACGUCGAAAGAUCGCAAAUCUCUGCGCGUUAACAUAGAAUUCGAUCACGCGACUCUGAUACGCUGGUCCCCGGACGGCAAGGCGUUCAUCAUCCACAAAGCUGUGGCAAAUGCCAUCGAGGUGUACAAGAUCGCGAAGAAACCGGACGGUCACUUGGCCUCUGCGACCAAGGCGCUGGAGUUCCCACAGCGUCACACUGACGAUGUGGUUGGGAUGGAUAUCGCGUGCACCGGGAAAUACAUCAUCACGUGCAGCAAAGUGAACGAUCUUAUUAUAUGGGACUUGAAAGGACAGACGCUGGCGACGGUGGAGAUGCAUCUGGGAUCUACUUAUCGCGCACGCAUAUCACCUUGCGGUCGAUUCGUCGCUGCCUCGGGCUUUACACCGGACGUGAACGUGUGGGAGGUGGUCUUCAGCAAAUCUGGGGAGUUCAAGACUGUGACUAAGGCGUUCGACCUCGCCGGGCACACGUCCGGGGUUCACGAUUUCGGCUUCAGCGCCGACACCAGUCACAUGGCCACCGUGUCCAAGGACGGGACGUAUCGUUUCUACAACACGAAAAUCGAAUUCGAAAAGGGAGAGGAUCCGCACGUUUUGAUGACCGGCACCUGGAACACCGCGGCACCAGCGAGCCUCGUCCUAUCCCCGAACGCGGAGGUUCUCGUAAUCGCCCAUGGAUCGUCCAUAUCUUUCUACUCGACUAUCACCGGUGCUCUGGAUACCACCAUAGAGGACAUCUUCUUCGGGCCCGUAACAUGCUUGGCAUUCGACGCUAUGGGGGAAUACCUGUUGGCUGCGGGCGACAAGCACAUAAAGAUUUUCCGCAACGUCACUGGGUACCGAACUGCGAUAGAGUCUGCUAAGCGCAAACUGGAGCAGAGGCAGACACAGGCAACGAAGGAACGUCUGGAAAAGAUGAUUCGCGAUAACAAGGAGUUGCUCGAGAAGAUGGGGGAGAAAUGUCCAGAGUGA